AUGAUCACAUCUGGUGUCCUCUCCGCUCUGGCAGAGGUUCUCGCCGGUCACUUUGCUGGAGUAGCCCCCACCGCCGCCAAGACUCCUUCCACGCUCGACGAGAAGAAGCGUGCUGCCCAACAGAACCCCGUCGGUCUCGUCCAGACGUACGCUGCCAAACUCGGCAUCAACGAACGAGCCUUCAAGAUGUUCAUCUACGGCUUCUUCGUGUCGGCGCCCAUGGGACACGUUCUCACCGGACUCCUUCAGAAAGCGUUUGCCGGUCGAACUACCACCCGCGACAAGAUCCUCCAGAUCAUCACCUCCAACCUCACCGUCUCCGUAUUCGCCAACACCGUGUACCUCUCGUGCAUGGCCUACAUCAACGGCGCUAGAGGCGUCGAGAACAUCCAAAAGGCCGUCAAGGCUGCCUUCUGGCCAGUGAUGAAGGUCACUUGGACCACAAGCCCCAUUACCAUCGCCGUGGCACAGAACUAUCUGCCCGCAGUGGUCUGGGAACCUUUCUUCACUUUCAUCAGGUUUAUCAUGGCCACCUACUUCAACACCAUCGCCAAGAAGAAGCAGAUGAAGCUGGCAAGACAGGCCAAGCAGAGCCAGCUCGACAAGGAUCUGGCAAAGGGUGCUGCUCAGGGCAAGUAA